AUGGAAGAUACGAUACUGGAGAUCAUAGAUCACCUUGAUUCAAGACGUGUUGAUGAUUUAAUUCAAGGAAUCGUGAAAUUAGACGAAGUUCUAUCGCUGCUAUUGCCAUACAUAACAGCUUCCAGAAAAAAUCCUCAGAUACCUAGAAAUGCCAAAUUGGUUAACUUCACCAGUCUUCAAGAUAAUUUCCAAUAUAAUAUAACUAACCAUCUUAUUCAGUUUUACAAGGUCAUAAGGGAUGAUAUUGGGCGCGUUGAAAUAAACAUGAUUUUGACUUGUAACAGGCUACUACAGGGCUUGCUCUUGCUCCAUCCCGAAUCCAGAAAAAUAUUCAAUAGACUGAAUAAUAUGAACACGAUGCUUAGUUUUAUACGAAUUACCGAUGGCGGUGAUGACGAAGCUCAACUUCCCGUUGAAGUCACCAUUUCGUUUAUUUCUACUUUGAUCCACAUCCUAUUGAAAGAUUUGACCAAUUUUCGAGUAUUCGAGGAGAAUAAUGGAUGUUCAAUCGUCAUAAAGAAACUACAGUUAUCAUCUUUUCCACCGCAUAAGGAUUCACAACCGUCCAAACAACAGGAGCUCAAUUUCAAAAUCAUCGAAUUUUUAAUUUUCUACUUGAUCGACGAAAAUGAAAUUGCAUCCACUACCAAGAGAAGAACAACCCAAGAGAAGUCUGAAUUGUUUCGUCCUGAUUUCCCAGAGAUAGACAGCUUGGUAGAAAGCCUAAACGACCUAAAGAAUAUAUAG